UUUCAAUUCAACUGUACGAAAUCGGACUGAGGACCCCAAUUCCCAAACUCCACACAUCGCCCAACAAACAACUCGCUGGUCGGCUCCCCCGUUGUUACCUGCCUGAAGCUGAAGGACUCCCCCCACCGGAGAGAGAUAGAGAGAGUACGAGAUAGAAAACAGGAAAAGGAAACAAAGCACGUUUUUUUUUUUUUUUUUUUUUUUUUUAAUUUCGAGUUUUCGACACGUUUCGCGGGUCUCAACUCGCAGCUCUGGGUUUCGAAACACGUGGUUUUGUUCGUCUGAUUGGGGGUGAGCUUCCGUUUGACUGUCGAAUUACCUCAUAUAGAGGUUGAGUAACGACUGAGGGAGCUGGGGGAAGAGAGAGUGAGACAGAGAAAAGAAGUGGGUGAGCUUACGAAUUGUAGAUCCUCGGGGAAAGGAGUAAUAUUUCCCGGUGAUUAUAGCCGGAAAACGUCAGAUAUCGGUGAGAUGGCUGUGGAUGAGUAGCCAAGCUGGCUGUCCGCUGGCUGGAUUACGGAGGUUAAAGUGCGGUGGACUGGGCAGAAGGAUAAGAUCUACAUAGACUACCUUCAUCCAUUUAUAUAAUCUGUCAUAUUAUAUUCAUCUGAAAAAUGGGUGCAAAUUUCCUUCCAAGGAUGGGGUCCUUCGCUAUAUAGAAACUGGAGAGUUUGUAAUUGCAUGCCUCUACCAAUUGAAAGGCAAACUAAAAUGUGCUCAAGAGACAAAGACAUGGAACUUGUUGUGCAAAUGGAGGAUCCACCAGAAUGGUUACCUGCUGGUUGGGUUGUGGAGAUCAAAACCCGAAUGAGUGGUUCAAGUGCUGGACAGAAAUACAAGUGUUAUAUUGCUCCAUCAACAGGCUGCAAACUCUAUUCCAAGAAAGAGGUGCAACGUUAUCUAAGCUGUUACAUGCCUGAAGUGAAGAGGAAAGAAUGCAAGAAUAUGCAGUCUGCAUGCAAUGUUGUACUGAAGGAUGUAACAGAGGAGUUGCCUCCAGGUUGGAUUAAGGAGAUAAGAGUUAGAAGGAAGACAUGUAAAACAAAAAAAUCUGACACGUAUUACAUUGAUCCUGUAAAUGGAUAUGAAUUCCGCUCUAAAAAGGACGUUUUCCGCUAUCUUGGAACUGGAGACCUUGAGAACUGUGCAAUCAAACCAAAGAAAAGAGGCACCAAUGACAUGGAUUCUAUAGAUGACAAAUUCUCUCCACCUACUGCAGCCAAAAGGCAGAAACUAGAAGGCAAUGCAACAAGAAGAUGCCUUCUGAUGGGACAGAACUCAAAGUCGAGUGCAACAGUAGAUCAACAUUUAAUAGAAUCCUCUGCCACAGAAGAAUGUGUACCACUCCCUGAGAGCAUCUUAAAUCAGAAUGAGGAAACUAUGGACUCAAGUGGGUUACCCAAGCCAGAAGCUGAGGGAUCAGAGAAAGAACAUGGGAAGGUUUUCCAUGCAGAAAAUGGCUUUAUUUCAGCUCCUGCAGCUGAGGUUUCUGUGGAAAAGCAUUCCUUAGAGAUAGGAAUGCAAAAACAUAGAGACAGGAAGACUCAUGUUGGCUCAGGAAAUUAUAAUGCUGGAAAAGAUGUGCCUCGCAGGGCUUCAAGACGACUUGCUGGGCUCAAAGCAGAGCCAACAUCAGAUUUGGACACCAGCAAUCGGGCACGUCGGGCUGCAUCCAACCAGUCCGGUGAGCUUGAAACCAAUCCGGUAGAUGACUUCACCCCCACCCAGUCAGCUAAACUUGAAGGCAAUCCAGUAGAGGAUUUUACCCCUGCCUGUGAGGGUCAUGGGGCAUUGAAGCAGGUUGGUGUUCCCAAGGUCGAUCCUGUAUCAGAGUCCACAUCUUGUGCUUCUAUAGGUGUAGAACUUCCAUCAGACAAUAAACAAGCAAAGGAAGGUGAAACGCUCCUUGGGAACCAAGUUCUUAUAGAGGAUACUACUGGUAAACUUGAAAAUGAAAAGCCAGGUGAGGAGAAACCAAAGUCCCCUCUUAUUUUGCCAUUUGGUGAUACUUGGCCAGACCCGUGCCUCGAAUUUGCAUUCAAGACUCUUACAGGUGCAAUUCCUGUGGAGGAUACUCUGGCAAUUGAGGAUUACUUCCAACAGCUUAGUACAGCACAGAACCAGAGUAAUGGAGACUUUACAUUGCCAAAUCGUGGACUCGAUAGCUUCUGCCAAACUGAUUUUAUAUUACAGUUUGGGAAUCCAGAAAAUCCUAUAUUGAAACAGCAGUCUCAGGUGAAAUCUACAUUCUCAUCAUUUGGAAAUGAUUGCUUGGCAAGUUCAGGUGAGAAUGUCCUACAGCAACCUAGUGGGGGCAGAAACAAAGAAUGCAGAAAGUGGUAAACCAGAAAAGAAAAAUGUAGCUGUAGGAAAUAGACUGUAAAAACAUACACAGAUUUCAAAAAUCAUUUUGGGAUUUUCCUAAUUCAGCCCCCUUUUCAGUGAAAUAUAUCUAAAUUUCAUCAUAUUGUAGAGUCCCAUUUCGUUUAGCAGAAAUGAACCUUCAACUUGUAUUUAAAUUUUAGAGUCAACAUAUAUGGUUAACAUCUUUUACUAUUCA